CAUGGAUGUUAAGCACUCUUGAAAUGCAGCACUGCAAGCCUACCUUAGGUCAUCGUGUCGCCCAUCUGAAGAAGGGACUGUCGAUCCACCAAGCCACGGCACAGAGCCUUUGUCUGACUGGUCACAUCCCACCCCACGGUUUAGAGAGCUUGCCCCCCAGGGGACGACACUUUGUGAUCAAAUUUGACGUCACCGGCUCGCGCGAUGAUGUCGAUGUCGCUCAUUUUGCCUUCGAUGAUGGCUAUAUAACACCCAGAAAGUGACAGGUGGAGUGGACUAACAAAGCUUGAAUCCGAAUCACCCAUCACCUUUUACCUACCAUCACGAUGAAUACUACUUCGCAGACCCCAUACUUCGACACCAACGCCGCGGCCACCGGCACUGCUACCCAAGCUGGUAUCACCAGCACAGGCGAUGCGAGGACCGGCCCGGCCCCGACCACUGCUGGCCCGCAUGGCUCCGACAUGGCCAACAAGGCCGAUCCGCGAGUCGACAGUGACCUGAAUAACCGCGCCCAGUACGCCCCCGGCACGACCACCACGGGCAACGUGCACCCGCAGGCCACCGCGGGGACCGCAACCACUUCGACUUCGGGCACCUCAACGCGGGGCCCGCACAACUCCUCGCUGCUGAAUAAGCUGGACCCUCGCGUGGACAGCCGCACGGGGGAGAAGUCCACCAAAUCCACAAACCAGUCGGGCUCGGGUGCGAUGCGCGAACCGACCGAUACGACAGGCACCGGCACCGCGGGCGGAGUAGGCUAUCAGCCUACGGUGCCGUCCUCUAGCCAGGGCACGCGGGCGGCCGGCGGUGCUAAUCCUAGUACUACCGCUACCGCCCCCGCUGACACCACCAACACUGUUCCUACUACUGGGACUACCGGCACUGCUGAAACUACUGGCACUGCUGGCACCGCUGGCACAAGCACCACAGCUGGCGGUCAGUCGGCGCGCACGGGCGAGAAUGUCGGGCGCGGGGUUAAGUCGGUAGCGGCGGGGAUCCACGGGGCCGGAGAAUCGCUCCGCGGUGGACUCAACGCAGCUGUCGACUCAGCCUUUGGCCACGAUCAGGGUGCGGCCAAGAACGCAGCCAUUGCGGACAAGGGCGAGCGAGAAAUUGAAACCGGGCGAUUUGGGCGUUCGCACUGAAACAAAAUUGGCCUCAUAGCUCGGGACUUCUAGUUUGGGUUUUUUUUAUGCGAUUACGAUGAUAUGACUGAUGCUUGUUGCUUGAUUGUUUUCUUUGAUUAGUCGACAGAGUGGAUCCAGCCAGAUGGCUGCCUGUUUGUAGCCAACGAUUGUCGAUUUUCGAUUCGAUUGUGAUGGUGUAAUGAGCAACGAUGUACAGU